AGGUACGAGAUUUUCAGUGUCAAGGUGACUUUACUGCAUAAAACUUACUUUACUCGGAAUAUGGCUACGCUAUAUUUAGUAUGGGUAGGAGCAUUACUUGUCCUUGGCUCUGUAGUAUCUGGUCAAAUUCAAGACGACCAGGCAAUAGUGAUAUCGGACAGAAAUUCUUUUCUUCGGUACUUUGAUACAGAAAUACACUGGGAAAUUAAAGAUUCGGGUCCGGUUGGUGGGCUUCCACUGCAGCCUUCUUCCCAAUAUUUUUACAUCACUAGAGACCAGGGUCAAGAUGACGAUGGAAGCGAGCAUUCUGAAUUUUAUCAUUUCAUAUUCAAUGUGGAGAAGCAUAUUUGCAACUCAACCACAAUGGAAUUUUCAAUUAAAUAUUGUAAUUUCGAUACGCGCACUACGAUUUGGCCAAUACAAGUGGCUGGCGACUCUGGAGAUGACUUUCACACUUUGAAGUCCCACCAUGUGUUCGUUUGGGAUUACGAGCAAUUCACCGUAGACAUUUCGUUAGGAGUGGUGGAGAUAGCUGGUAUUCUUGAUGUGGAUACCGAAUUGUUAAUUGAUGAAAUAGUUCUAUGGCACGAUGGAAAUUAUGACUGCCUUCCACCAACCCCUACAACACUAUCAACUGAUCACACUACCACUGAGACCACUACAAAUUCAAUAACAGAUACAACAAUGGAGCAAUCCACGACAAAUACUGAUCUUACAACGUUAAAUACGGACCACUCCACUACCGACGCCAGAACUUCUACGGAUAUCAUCACUGACACAACACCAAUUUCAGAAGAUCCUCCGACUACUACCUCUUUGUCCACUGACGAUCCAUUUACAACGUCCACGGAUGAUCCACAUACUACCGACUCAACUACAAACGAUCCAAACUUGUCAACUACAAGCCAUCCAAACUUGUCAACUUCGAAUGCCCCACAUACUACCGAUUCAACUACAAGCGAUCCAAACUUGUCAACUGCAAGCGAUCCAAACUUGUCAACUUCGGACGAUCCACAUACUACCGAUUCAACUACAAGCGAUCCAAACUUGUCAACUGCAAGCGAUCCAAACUUGUCAACUUCGGACGAUCCACAUACUACCGAUUCAACUACAAGCGAUCCAAACUUGUCAACUUCGGACGAUCCACAUACUACUGAUUCAACUACAAGCGAUCCAAACUUGUCAACUUCGGACGAUCCACACACUACCGAUUCAACUACAAGCGAUCCAAACUUGUCAACUUCGGAUGAUCCACAUACUACCGAUUCAACUACAAGCGAUUCAAAUUUGUCAACUUCGGACGAUCCACAUACUACUGAUUCAACUACAAGCGAUCCAAACUUGUCAACUUCGGACGAUCCACACACUACCGAUUCAACUACAAGCGAUCCAAACUUGUCAACUUCGGAUGAUCCACAUACUACCGAUUCAACUACAAGCGAUUCAAAUUUGUCAACUUCAGACGAUCCACAUACUACCGACUCAACUACAAGAGAUCCAAACUUGUCAACUACAAGCGAUCCAAACUUGUCAACUUCGGACGAUCCACAUACUACCGAUUCAACUACAAGCGAUCCAAACUUAUCAACUUCGGACGAUCCACAUACUACCGACUCAACUACAAACGAUCCAAACUUGUCAACUACAAGCCAUCCAAACUUGUCAACUUCGAAUGCCCCACAUACUACCGAUUCAACUACAAGCGAUCCAAACUUGUCAACUGCAAGCGAUCCAAACUUAUCAACUUCGGACGAUCCACAUACUACCGAUUCAACUACAAGCGAUCCAAACUUGUCAACUUCGGACGAUCCACAUACUACUGAUUCAACUACAAGCGAUCCAAACUUGUCAACUUCGGACGAUCCACACACUACCGAUUCAACUACAAGCGAUCCAAACUUGUCAACUUCGGAUGAUCCACAUACUACCGAUUCAACUACAAGCGAUCCAAACUUGUCAACUUCGGACGAUCCACACACUACCGAUUCAACUACAAGCGAUCCAAACUUGUCAACUUCGGAUGAUCCACAUACUACCGAUUCAACUACAAGCGAUCCAAACUUGUCAACUUCGGACGAUCCACACACUACCGAUUCAACUACAAGCGAUCCAAACUUGUCAACUUCGGAUGAUCCACAUACUACCGACUCAACUACAAGCGAUCCAAACUUGUCAACUUCGGACGAUCCACAUACUACCGACUCAACUACAAGCGAUCCAAACUUGUCAACUUCGGACGAUCCACACACUACCGAUUCAACUACAAGCGAUCCAAACUUGUCAACUUCGGAUGAUCCACAUACUACCGACUCAACUACAAGCGAUCCAAACUUGUCAACUUCGGACGAUCCACAUACUACCGACUCAACUACAAGCGAUCCAAACUUGUCAACUUCGGACGAUCCACAUACUACCGAUUCAACUACAAGCGAUCCAAACUUGUCAACUUCGGACGAUCCACAUACUACUGAUUCAACUACAAGCGAUCCAAACUUGUCAACUUCGGACGAUCCACAUACUACCGAUUCAACUACAAGCGAUCCAAACUUGUCAACUUCGGAUGAUCCACAUACUACCGAUUCAACUACAAGCGAUCCAAACUUGUCAACUUCGGAUGAUCCACAUACUACCGAUUCAACUACAAGCGAUUCAAAUUUGUCAACUUCAGACGAUCCACAUACUACCGACUCAACUACAAGAGAUCCAAACUUGUCAACUACAAGCGAUCCAAACUUGUCAACUUCGGACGAUCCACAUACUACCGAUUCAACUACAAGCGAUCCAAACUUAUCAACUUCGGACGAUCCACAUACUACCGAUUCAAAUACAAGCGAUCCAAAUUUGUCAACUUCAGACGAUCCACAUACUACCGACUCAACUACAAACGAUCCAAACUUGUCAACUACAAGCCAUCCAAACUUGUCAACUUCGAAUGCCCCACAUACUACCGAUUCAACUACAAGCGAUCCAAACUUGUCAACUGCAAGCGAUCCAAACUUGUCAACUUCGGACGAUCCACAUACUACCGAUUCAACUACAAGCGAUCCAAACUUGUCAACUUCGGACGAUCCACAUACUACUGAUUCAACUACAAGCGAUCCAAACUUGUCAACUUCGGACGAUCCACAUACUACCGAUUCAACUACAAGCGAUCCAAACUUGUCAACUUCGGACGAUCCACAUACUACCGACUCAACUACAAGAGAUCCAAACUUGUCAACUACAAGCGAUCCAAACUUGUCAACUUCGGACGAUCCACAUACUACCGAUUCAACUACAAGCGAUUCAAAUUUGUCAACUUCAGACGAUCCACAUACUACCGACUCAACUACAAGAGAUCCAAACUUGUCAACUACAAGCGAUCCAAACUUGUCAACUUCGGACGAUCCACAUACUACUGAUUCAACUACAAGCGAUCCAAACUUGUCAACUUCGGACGAUCCACAUACUACCGAUUCAACUACAAGCGAUCCAAACUUGUCAACUUCGGAUGAUCCACAUACUACCGAUUCAACUACAAGCGAUUCAAAUUUGUCAACUUCAGACGAUCCACAUACUACCGACUCAACUACAAGAGAUCCAAACUUGUCAACUACAAGCGAUCCAAACUUGUCAACUUCGGACGAUCCACAUACUACCGAUUCAACUACAAGCGAUCCAAACUUAUCAACUUCGGACGAUCCACAUACUACCGACUCAACUACAAGAGAUCCAAACUUGUCAACUACAAGCGAUCCAAACUUGUCAACUUCGGACGAUCCACAUACUACCGAUUCAACUACAAGCGAUCCAAACUUAUCAACUUCAGACGAUCCACAUACUACCGACUCAACUACAAGAGAUCCAAACUUGUCAACUACAAGCGAUCCAAACUUGUCAACUUCGGACGAUCCACAUACUACCGAUUCAACUACAAGCGAUCCAAAUUUGUCAACUUCGGACGAUCCACAUACUACCGAUUCAACUACAAGCGAUCCAAAUUUGUCAACUUCGGACGAUCCACAUACUACCGAUUCAACUACAAGCGAUCCAAAUUUGUCAACUUCGGACGAUCCACAUACUACCGAUUCAACUACAAGCGAUCCAAAUUUGUCAACUUCGGACGAUCCACAUACUACCGAUUCAACUACAAGCGAUCCAAAUUUGUCAACUUCGGACGAUCCACAUACUACCGAUUCAACUACAAGCGAUCCAAAUUUGUCAACUUCGGACGAUCCACAUACUACCGAUUCAACUACAAGCGAUCCAAAUUUGUCAACUUCGGACGAUCCACAUACUACCGAUUCAACUACAAGCGAUCCAAAUUUGUCAACUUCGGACGAUCCACAUACUACCGAUUCAACUACAAGCGAUCCAAAUUUGUCAACUUCGGACGAUCCACAUACUACCGAUUCAAGUACAAGCGAUCCAAACUUGUCAACUUCCACGUCGAAUGAACCAGGAUUAGAAUGUUCUGCAUUCUCUCACUCAAUGUCCGAGUGUCUGAAAAAUGGUUGCUCCUUCUGCACGUCAAAUACAUACACGGGUUUUCUAUGCGACACGUACGCUAACCUAGAACAAAAUGAAUGCAAAGGAAUUUGUGGAGAACCUGCCAUUAACGUGAUGGUUGAUCCAGAACUAGUGUCAUCACGACAGACGCUAACAUUGUGUCCAAAUGAAAACAAAACGUUUACAGUAACAUUUAACUUACAAUCUCACCCAGUAGAUGUUUAUGUCCUUCUCGACCUCUCUGGUUCAAUGGCCGAUGACAGGGAGAAACUAAUCCAAUUAAGCUCCCAACUAUUAGCAGCAGUCCAAAAUAUGACGGACGAUUAUCGCUUGGGAUACGGAAGUCAUGUGGAUAAGCCAUGGUUUAAUUUCGGUUCACAUCUUUAUGGAGAUUACAGCUUUAGAAACCAUCUACGACUAGCCAACCUCAGCGAGGGCGAGUUUAGUUCAGCCGUGUCGGGCGCACUAAUAAAAGAUGGCGGAGACACUGCAGAAAGCCAACUGGAUGCCAUGUUUCAAAUAGCAAAAUGCACUUCUGAAAUUGGCUGGAGAAAUAAUUCCCGACAUGUUUUGCUAUUAUUGACAGACGCACGUUAUCAUAAAUCACCGGAUGGGAUACGGUAUGGUUUGCAACCCUUCAACCGUGCCUGUUCUCUCAAUGGAGAUGGUUUAUACACUGGAGAAGUAACCUAUGAUUAUCCCUCCGAGCAGGAUAUCAUAAACGUGUUUAGUGAGGAGAAUAUAACUCCGAUAUUUGGAGUCACCGAAUUUUCGACCAGACAUUACGAAAAUCUUCAAAGGAACAUUCCAAACUCUGCGAUUGGUGUGCUAAACACUGAUUCUUCCAACGUCGUUGAGCUCCUGGUUGAUGAGUACAAGAAAAUCGAGCAGAGGACGACGCUUGAACGAGUUGAUCAGGAUGACGGAAGUCUAAAUAUUCGAUAUUUCUCCAGUUGUAAUGGUGACACGGUCGAAGAGACAACGAUUUGCGACGAACUAUCUGCAAAUGGUACCGUCACAUUCACCAUCUCGAUUAACCUCAAAGAUUGUCCCGUAACACGAAAUCCGGAUGACGAGAAGUUGGUUAGAAUUCAACCAAAGGGAUCUCCAACUCAGUUUGAAGUUGCAUUCAAGACAAUUUGCACGGAGCAUUGGGAAUAAACAAAACACUUAAGUCUAAUGUUUCUUGUGUAGAAUUAUCAAAUUGGAAUGUCAGGUUGGUUCAUUUCAAUAGAGGUGAACCAGAACACAAAUUACGAGAUAUUCUAAAUACUUUUAGUUGGUAUUUAUGCAUUUUGUCCCAACGAGAAUUAUUUUUAGUGAAUAUCUAUGUACAUAUGUAUAUCGUUGUGGUCAUAAAAAUAUUAUAUCAUCCAAGUUAAUCGUAUUUCGAAUAAUUUCGGUAAACUUCACAUUUGGCGAAAGGUGCAUAUAAAAACACAUCUCAAUAUGAAACCAUCAUUCUCAGUCACAACUGCUUGAUGUACAUAAACCAAUGCGGUAGGUUUCUGUCCAAUGCAGAUAAGUAAAUUUGUUUGCAUUGUUAAUUAAAAUGUCGGCUCGUGCUCAAAAUUCGGUUUUAAACACUUGAGAUCAUACAUUUAUCUUUAUUGAAUCGAGCCAAUCGAGGUGAUACUGCCGAGUACCAUGAUAAGUACAACGACAGAUGUACGUCAGCUUAGUCACGUUCGUUUAGGGUUUUAGUCAAGGUUGAUCUUUGCUGUAAUUGAUAUUGAAAAAUCAUAGACGCAGAUUUAAAUAAGACUUUCGCUUCAUAAUUUAUUAAGAGAAUGGCAUACAAAUUCGCCCCUGCCGGAAAGGAUGACGUUUCCGAUUUGUCUAUUCUUGUAAAUCGCUGCUACCGAGGAAAGGAUCUCGGAGGGUGGACAACCGAGGCAGAUUUUCUUGGCGGGAUCAGAACCACGCCUGAGAUGCUGGAACAACAGUUAAAAGAAGAAUACUUAACCAUGAUCAAAGCUGUGGACCCCGUCACUGGAAAAAUUGUGGGAUGCGUGUACUGUAAAGUGGACGGCACUUCAGUUCACUCGGGAAUGUUGUGCGUGGAGCCUUCAAUUCAAGCAAAAGGACUUGGGAAAAUGCUGAUGCAGGAAGUUGACAACUUUGCACUCAACAACAACUGCACUUCCGUAACUAUUGAUGUCAUUAGCAUUCGGGACUCACUUAUUGCGUUUUACGAGCGAAGAGGAUUCAGGCCAACGGGCAAAACAACGCCUUUUUCAAAGUUUGGAGUUGGAGACGCCAAAAGAGAACUUGUAUUUCAAGAAAUGAAAAAACAAUUAUAAACACAGAAUGUAACUGUUGUUAGAUACAAUAAUAAACAUAUUAUACAAUAACGUACGUA